AUGUCACCAAUGAUCCCAUUGUUUCUCCUUCUUUCUCUCUUCACAACCAUCCUCAGUCCAACAAGUGGCGAACCGGUAGGUGUAUGCUAUGGAAUGAUGGGGAAUAACCUUCCGUCUCAAUCAGAGACAAUUGCUCUCUUCAGACAAAACAACAUCAGAAGGAUACGUCUCUACGACCCAAACCAGGCCGCUUUAAACGCUCUUAAAAACACCGGCAUCGAAGUUAUCGUCGGAGUUCCAAACUCCGAGCUCCGUUCACUCACUAACCCUUCCUCCGCUAGAUCGUGGCUCCAAAACAACGUCCUUAACUAUUACCCCGCCGUUAACUUCAAGUACAUCGCCGUCGGUAACGAAGUCGUUCCGUCGAACGGUGGCGACGUUGUGCUCCCUGCGAUGCGUAACGUUUAUGAUGCUUUACGUGGUGCGAAUCUUCAUGAUCGGAUUAAAGUCUCUACGGCGGUUGAUAUGACUUUGAUUGGAAACUCAUUCCCUCCUUCCUCCGGAGAGUUUCGCGGCGAUGUUCGGUGGUUUAUCGAUCCCAUCAUCGGGUUUCUGACGAGUACGAACUCGGUGUUACUCGCCAACAUUUAUCCUUACUUCAGCUACAUCGGCAAUCCCAGAGACAUCUCUCUCUCUUACGCUCUCUUCACUUCUCCUUCCGUCGUCGUCUGGGACGGAUCUCGCGGAUACCAGAACCUCUUCGACGCUUUGCUCGACGUCGUUUACUCCGCCGUCGAGCGAUCGGGCGGCGGAUCUAUCCCGGUGGUCGUUUCCGAGAGCGGAUGGCCUUCGAACGGCGGAAACGCGGCGAGUUUCGACAACGCGCGAGCGUAUUACACGAAUCUGGCGACGCGAGUGAGGGAGAACAGAGGAACGCCGAAGAGGCCUGGGAGAGGAGUGGAGACGUAUCUGUUCGCCAUGUUCGAUGAGAAUCAGAAGAAUCCUGAGAUCGAGAAGAACUUCGGUGUGUUUUUUCCUAAUAAACAGCCCAAGUUUCCGAUUUCAUUCGCCGGCGUGAGGGGCGGUACGGCGGUUGAGUGA